AUGGCGUCCGAAGCGUCACGGCCAUUACUCCUACCACAGAAUCGAAAGCUGAGGCAUCUCCAAGGUAUUUAUGUGCGAAACCUAACGCUCUCGCGGCCGCGUGGACGGACAAUUGAUGAUGGAGAGCUCAACAAGACCCCUCAGAAGCUCGAAGCUCUGCGAGCUGGUGCGACACUACACCAUUCGCAUUCAUCUGGAGACUUGAGGCCGCCGAAGUUGAGGAGGAGAAGCUCGAAUUGGGUGGGUGCGACGCCUGAUUUCCGCCAAAAGAAGCUCGAGGAUGUCAUCGACAGUCGAAUGUCGGAUACGUUCUUUACGUUACACUGCAAGGGACAGGAGGAUCCGAUAUACAUCAGCGAAGUUGUGGAAAAGGCAAUGAAUCCUACAUUCAGAUUUUUUGACCUUUCUUCGUUUGGGCCAGCUACUACAAGGUUGGAUACAGUGACGGUGAAAGUCUGGGUCAAGAGGAAGGAUUUCACGCCUCUGAUUGAGGAGGAGGUCAAUCUACAAUCGCUGCAUUUCGUUGGGGCUUUGAAGAAUCACCCAUUUCCACCCAAUUGUAUCCUGUUCCACCUUGUGGACGGGAUCUAUACAAUCGACAUAGCUUCCAAGCCUCCGAAACCCAAAACUGCCCAGGCUUUGCCUACCUCCUCCUUCAGCGCACUCAUGCGCCUCUCAAAUCUCGACGAAUCCAUACAAGACGCGCUAGCUACACGGGAAGAGUUGACUUCCCAGAUCAAUGCAAUCUUACAUUCAGAGCCGAAGGAUGAUGCGCCACAAGCAGAGGAAGAACUUGCGUUAGCAUGUCGAUAUUUGGCAGCGGAGAAGAAGCUCCUCAAAAGCUCUAUAAAGCGACGAGCAGAACUCCAGGCUUCUAUAAAGUCUCGUAGCAAUGCUAUCAAGUCAGGAAACGAGGUCCAGGCAAGGGUGUUGGAGGACAUAAACAAUGCCCAAGACAAGCUAUCGGAUUGCCGGGCACUCCUUACCACUGCUACUGCCGACAUUCAUGGGCAACGACGACGGAUAUGCGAAGAGCUGCUCAACAUAUUUCCGAUCGAACCGACAACACAACCGCUUCUGUUCACCAUCUGUGGUCUGCCGCUCCCGAACUCUUCAUUUGAAGAUGCAGACGAGGACGUCGUAUCUGCAGCUCUAGGAUAUGUAGCACGAUUAGUCGAUAUGCUACAAUACUACCUCGCGAUUCCUCUUCCAUAUCCAAUCUCACCGUAUGGAUCACGAUCCAUAAUACACGACUUGAUUUCCAUCCUUUCCGACAAUCAGCGUACCUUUCCACUCUAUACAAAAGGCGCGGUGCGAUUUCGCUUCGAUUACGGCGUCUUUCUACUCAACAAGAACAUCGAAUCCUUAGCCGAAAGCCAAGGACUCAAAGUCAUGGAUAUCAGACAAACAUUGCCGAAUCUGAAAUACCUCCUGUACGUCUGUAGCGCUGGGAGUAGCGAGCUACCUGCACGGAAAGCUGGUGGAAUACGAGGCUUGUUGACAGGCCGGGGAAUGGAGAUUGGAAGUCGGAGAGGUAGUGAUGACAGUGGUGUUGGAGGAGGACAGGGUGAGGCGGUUAGGAGAGCAUUGGAGAAUGGGGGAGUGGAGAUCAAGGGGCCGCCUUCGAUCAAGAAGGCGGGGAAUGGGGGUCCUCAUCCACAUCCCCCUGCUUCAUUUGCAGGGAAUCAUGUCCACAGUCUGAGGACUAGCGGGCUGAGAGAGAAUGUUAGUAGGUGA